UUUUGCUAUUAAGCUUCCUCCUUUUUCUUCCUCUUCAUUGGAAACUACAAAAAGUCAAAGCUGGAUUCUGCCUCUCUGUGUUUUGGUUGCAGCAUCUUUUUCUUGUUCAUGGGAGUUGCUAAUGGCUAAUCUGUUGAGAUAAUCAAGGAUCCAGUACAAUGUCAGUUGCACCAGUUGAGAACAUGUCAUCUUUGAACACAGACCUUUUCUACGAUAUAUUGAAACGUCUUGAUGGACCAACUUUGGCUACUGCAGCAUGUACAUGUGCAGCAUUCUGUUCCAUCUCAAAAGAAGAGAGGUUAUGGGAAGAUGUGUGCUCUUCUAUGUGGCCUUCAACUAAUAGGGAAGAUGUCAAGAGUUUAAUAUCAUCCAUUGGUGGGUUCAGAAAGUUCUAUGCUGAUUGUUUUCCCCUUAUUGUAAACAAGGAAGUUACUGACUACCAGUGGAACGACUACCUUGAGUACCCCGAAGAAUGGACCGAAGCUGAAUACUACGGUGACAUGGAUGAGUUCGAAAGUAUUUCACCAUCGGAUUUUGUUUCAAUUGUGGACAUCCGUUACAAGGAUAAAAUAAUCUGCUCAAAAGUUCUUUGGGGGAUUCCCAACGCGAACGGCUUCAAUGGUUGGUUUUACAACUGCCCAUUUCGGAUUGAUCUUCUUACUUAUGCAGCCAGAGAUGACGAUGAUGACGGUGAAGCUUUCCUUUCUGUUGCUAACGGCCUGCCACCGAUUGCAUCUAUGGAGACAGAAAGGAAAGAUGGAAAGUUAUGGCGGGGGCUUCGUGAUGGUCUCCGACUUAGUUGGAUUGUUGUAAAUAGAAAAAUGAAGCAAGCUGCUAAUCUUGCUAGCUGGUGCCCAAUUGGUGGUCAAAGGCAUUGGCCAACAGACAAGGACUUUGUGAUUCGCUUCGGAUCCAUUCUUCCUGCAAGAGACAUCCUUCCCUGUCAAGUAGUGGAAUGCAUCCUCAGCAUGAAGUUCCGAGUGAUUUGUACAGAGGGAGAAGGCGCUGAGACAACCCUCAAGUUAACAGAAUUGAGCAUGCAGUUAGAGGACAUGGAAGGUUCUCAUGUCAAUGGAAGAAACAGUUUGCUUAUUCUCAAGGAAGCACUGAGCUGCCGCCGCAGCAAAAACUACAGCGAAGUUCUUGAGUCGUGCAAUUUGUACUCGAAAGUACAGAACGAGCUCAAAGAGGAAAAGAUGAGAAACGAAAGCAGAAAAAUCUGCAACAUUGCAAUCUGCAAAACCUGCCUGUUGGGAACCAACAUUGCUCUAGCGUUCAUGACAAUACUGCAGAACCAGCAUUCUCCCAACCUCAGCCCUCAUGUCUUCUGUGCAUAAGUGCGUAUAGUUGGUUUUGGUUACCUAGAGAACAAGUGAUCAACAGAAAACCUCAGAUUACAACUGUAUCCAGAAUUCCAAAUAGAUCAAAGCU